AUGCCACCCAAGCCAUCUGCCAAGGGAGCUAAGAAAGCCGCCAAGACCCAGAAAGUCGCCCGUACCGGAGACAAGAAGAAGAGAAAGUCCAGAAAGGAAUCUUACGCCGUCUAUGUCUACCGUGUCUUGAAGCAAGUUCACCCCGACACCGGAAUUUCUUCAAAGGCCAUGAGCAUCAUGAACUCUUUCGUUAAUGAUGUCUUUGAGCGUAUUGCUAACGAGGCUUCUCGUUUGGCUCACUACAACAAGAGAUCUACCAUCUCUUCCCGUGAAGUCCAAACUGCCGUCAGACUUAUCCUCCCAGGAGAGCUUGCCAAGCACGCCGUCUCUGAAGGAACCAAGGCCGUCACCAAGUACACCUCAAGCAAAACACAAAGCAUUAUGUCUGGACGUGGUAAAGGAGGAAAAGCUAAGACCGGAGGAAAGGCCAAGUCUCGUUCUACAAGAGCUGGACUUCAAUUCCCAGUUGGUCGUCUUCAUCGUAUGCUCCGCAAAGGUAACUACGCUCAACGUGUAGGAGCUGGAGCCCCAGUCUAUUUGGCUGCUGUUCUCGAAUACCUCGCUGCUGAAGUUCUCGAAUUGGCCGGUAACGCUGCCCGUGAUAACAAGAAGUCGAGAAUCAACCCUCGCCAUCUUCAACUCGCCGUCAGAAAUGACGAAGAAUUGAACAAACUUCUUUCUGGUGUCACCAUCGCUCAAGGAGGAGUUCUUCCAAACAUCCAGUCUAUCCUUCUCCCCAAGAAGACCGCCGGAGAAAAGGAAUAG